CUGUCGAGGAAAGAGGUCGCUGGGAGAGAGAGAGGCAGAGAAAGAAAAGAGAGUCAUGAGGCAACCAGGCCCAGUAGCUUUUUUUUAGCCAGGUCCAUGCUUGAAUGGGGUCCAGACAGACUGGGAGAAGCAUGAAAUGGAUACAUGGGAAGAUGAUCCAGCUGACCAGCGUACUUGCCUUAUCUGUGGAGAUCGUGCCACAGGCCUGCACUAUGGAAUCAUCUCCUGUGAGGGCUGCAAGGGCUUCUUCAAGCGCAGCAUCUGUAACAAGCGUGUGUACCGCUGCAGUCGCGACAAGAACUGCGAGAUGUCGCGCAAGCAGCGCAACCGCUGCCAGUACUGCCGCCUGCUCAAGUGUCUGCAAAUGGGGAUGAACCGCAAAGCAAUCAGGGAGGAUGGCAUGCCAGGAGGGAGGAACAAAAGCAUCGGGCCCGUACAGAUCACAGAGGAGGAGAUAGAGCGGAUCAUGUCGGGGCAGGAGUUCAAGGAGGAAGCCCCGGAGCACACUUGGGGCAACAACGGUGAUAGCGACCACAGCUCUCCAAGCAAUGGAGCCUCUGAGGGCAACCAGCCGUCACCUGCCUCCACUCUGUCAUCCAAUCGCUCUGUGGAAAUGAAUGGCUACACGGCAGCUCUCAGGGACCAGUACAUCAACACCUCUAUGUCAACACACUACCAGCUCCUGCCUCACCUGUUCAGCUACGCCGCCCAGUCUGGCCUGCUGGCCCCCCAGCCCCGCAGCCUCUACCCGCAGUCCCACCCACUGGUGCUGCAGCUGGUGGCUGCUGAGGACCUGGCUCCCCUGGCAACUCCUAUGCUCAUAGAAGAUGGGUACAAAGUGACGCAGGUGGAGCUGUUUGCCCUGCUGUGUCGUCUGGCGGAUGAGCUGCUCUUCCGUCAGAUCUCCUGGAUCAAGAAGCUACCAUUCUUCUGUGAGCUCUCCAUUGAGGACUACACCUGCCUGCUCAGCUCCACCUGGCAGGAGCUCAUCCUGCUCUCCUGCCUCACCAUCUACAGCGCCCAGAUCUUCGGAGACCUGGCUGAUGUCACCGCCAAGUACACACCGUCUGACGAUGAGCUGCAGGGCUUCAGCGAGGAUGGCAUGGAAGUGAUGGAGAGGUUGAUAUAUCUGUUUCGCAAAUUCCACCAGUUGAAGAUCAGUAAUGAGGAGUAUGCCUGUAUGAAAGCCAUCAACUUCCUCAACCAAGAUAUCAGAGGACUGUCCAACAUUUCUCAGCUCGAGCAGCUCAACAAACGCUACUGGUAUGUGUGUCAGGACUACACUGAGUAUAAAUACCCGCACCAGCCCAAACGCUUCCCUGAGAUCAUGAUGUGUCUCCCGGAGAUCCGCUGCAUCGCAGGGAAGCUGGUGAAUGUCCCUUUGGAGCAGCUCCCCCUCUUGUUCAAAGCAGUCUUGCACUCCUGCAAAUCCAGCCUGACCAGCUACAGGACCGGCCCGUCGCCCUGUGUGACCACCUCCUCCGGAAACUAGACGCCCCUGACCCCCCAAGUCAAGGGCCGGGUCUCCCGUCUUGUGAAUGUGACAAGCAGCUAGUUUGUUUUUUGUAACUUUUUUCUUUAUAUAUUUAUUACACGACAGAGCUGAAUGUAUGCUGAUUUACACUGUGCACAUGCUUCUGUACAAAACAAAUGCUCGUAGAUGCAUUGGUCUUUGCAGUUUACAAGUGUGUAACCAGUUUGCUCAAUGUGUCAGUGUUGCUAUCGUUAGAGCUAGACUUUAAAAGAGUUUAUUUUAUUCAGAUGGGGGCGGAUAGACACAUGUGACAAGUGUUUUGAGACUACCUCAGGAAAAUGUUGUUGCUGUUUUCAGGUACCUUUUCUUUCUGUUAAAUGAAGAGUUGCCCAGUCUAAAUCCAAAUCCCUGUGGAUGCUUUGGCACCUCAAUCAGAGACUAAAUGUUCAGAGGAGCUGCAUAAAUCAAAGAUUGAAUAACAGUGUUUUGUUACACUGAGAAUGCAAAAGUAAUUAACAAAAUUGAGCUACUUUAUCUGCAUGGACUCUCAGACAUCCUGCUUAUGGGAGGCGGUCUUGUCAAUUUAACAUUCCAUAGGUUAAGGUGACAGUUGUUGGAUCUGUGGGAUCUUCGUUGAAAAAGAAGCAUACGGGUAUUUUUUACAAUCAUAGACUGGGGAUAUAAGGCUUUAUUGCAGGGGAAGGGGUGGAUAGCUAGAUUUGCUGUUUUUAGUUUUAUUGUUUUUCUUUUUUGACCAAAGUGUUAUGCAAUGCUUUUUUCAAACACCCAUUGAUGGGUAGGGAGCUGAUAGUUCCACAAAAAAGGUUUCUUAUCAAUGAAGGAUCAGGAUAAGAAAUGAAUCAAUCUGUGUUAGAGAGGAGAACCCUCUGCUGGACGGACCAGUAUGUUGCCGGAUUUUACUCUAAAUGCUGCUAAACAUGCACUCAUUUUUGUGCACACAUACAGUAUAUGCAUAGAGCAGAUGUGAUUGCCAGUCUUUGUUUUCCCUCUGCUUCUUGUCAGAUGGCUCUGCUGCCUUCAGUGCCAGGAACUUGAUGCAUUGUAGCCCGCUCUCAACACACAAUCACUUCAGUUUCACGUCCACCGUACUGUCUACAUUUCUUCAAUUUAUUCAGAACAAACCAAAAACCAGAAAGAUGACACUUGGAGUUUUGAACGGCGAGUUGUCCUCAUUGGUCAAAAGAAUGUUUACCUGACCUACUAGAACCAAACUGACAAUAACUGCAUCCAAGUCUGAACAGGAGCCGAAUAAACCCGAGGCGACAUUAAGUGCUAAACACUCAUACCCAUUUCCACCAAUUAAUCUCUGGUUCUUGAACUGGUUCCAUUCAGGGUUCCUGGAACCUUGGUGCUUUGUAGUGAACCAGCCUGUGUUUUCACCUGUUUUGAUCAGAACUAUUGUAAUCAAGGGUGCAUCAUCAAGAUAGGGCAUUGCACAAUGCACAACAGUAGUAAACAGUAGUAGAGAGUAGUGGAUUGGUAGUAGCGAGAUGGCAGAUUGCAUUGAUUACCUGCAACCUCUUGUUCUCUUGUGAUAGAUACUUGUUUUUAAUCAAAAAACAAGCAUGGGGUGUUGGUAAUGAACACAGUAAUGCACAUUUUUUCCCAAUGAUUUCUCACUUGUCUCUGUUGUUGCCCUCUCCAUCCUCUUUGUCCAACCUGUAGAAUAUGACACGCUCACUGAUGUCGUCACGGUUCGCACUAUAGCUUAAGAAAAACCUGCUAUUUAUUGGUUCCAGCUGGGAAUCAAUUUUUCAGGUUCUGAACCAAUUUAUUUUUGAUCGAAAUGCUCCUACUUGUUCAGAAUUAGGUGCAGGAACUGAAACGGAAUCUGUUCCAUGUUGGUGGAAAAGAUGUAUCAGUGUUUGCUGAUACAUUUUUUGCACCAACAUGGUACAGAUAUAUCAGUGUUUGCUGCCUCCAGUUCAUUUAAAGCUGGUGUAGAGUGCUAGUUUCUGUUAAGGCUCAUUUAUACUCCCUUUACGUACGAAAAUAGAUUAGUCCGAUUUGAACGUUGUAGACGCCACUGCUUUCAUACUUCCAUCCAUCUUUUAUGAUGGCAUAGACACAGUCAAUGGAUGGUACUAGAGGGCAGAGUCAAAAGCUUCACACAACAAACAACGAUGCGACGAUGGAGGAGGUCUCUGGUGGUACUGCACUGUUUAAUCCAUAUCUGCAAGCUUUCAGGAAGUGUGCUCAGAUACAGACAAAAUAAACACAAAGUACAGACAGAACGCUCCAUCUGUCUCUGUAUCUAAUGUUGAGCGUAAUAGAGCCCUUAGCUAAUCCACCUUCCAACUGGUUGGGAAAACCCCAGAUUAAAAGCUGAUUGGUCUAUUCAAAAGUGUCAUUGGCUAGCUCAUACCGGUUUUAGAGGAACUGUUUUCAGGUCUUAAUAGGUUCAAUCAAAAUUUUGCACAGACCAAAGACCAGUUGUAGUUUAAGUCAGACCUGACCCAGAUCCAAGGGGAACUGGAAAGCGUGGACCUGAAACUUAGUUCAAAUCUGGUCCUCUGGAUUUUUUACUGGGUAAGGCUUGCCAGAAGACUAACCAACAAAAUCUCUUUUAUGAUCUGGCUUAUACCAAGUUUGCAGAUUAUCACUUUAAGGGAUAGAUUCAGUGUGAUUGAUACGGUCAUGUCUCGGUGUAUCCAGGCUAGAUUUAGAGAAUUUAGGUGACUUAUGUCAGGCUUGUGUACCCUCUGUGACAGAUAUGCACAUUGUUUAAAAAAAAGCCAUAAAAAAUGGUCUUUAUUUUUUAAGUACGAGAUGAUAAUUUCCGACCUCUUGAAGUGUCCUCAAGUUGUGUUUUGCCGUUUCCUGAUAUACGAACAAUUUGAAAUGCAGACAAAAUGCAGUUCUCGCAACAACUCUCUUUUUUUGCACACAAUGGUGAGGUUAGGAGACCUUGAGCCUUGACCUCGGCCACUGCCCACCUAGUGUGUUCCUCUUUCUCAGGUCCCUGCUGACCUGAAUCUUAACAGGGUAAAGUGAGUGUUAUGUAUUGCAUUCAAGAGUUCCUCAGUGACCAUGCUGAUGUACUUGUAGUAUUAGUAGACGUAGGUUGCAGGACAUUGUAGGUCCUCUGUAGGAAGGUGUUUUUCUUUUUCCACUUUAUUUCCCUCAAGGUCCCCACCUCCAUCACCCUUCAUUCAGUGAAAGUGGAUGUAGUUUGAAGGUGAGACAUGCAGGGGGGAUUUUCUCUUGGCAUUGGUGAUGGACAGAGCGAGAGGCAAUGGCACGUUCAGAAUAAUGUGGCUUCUCUCUCCUGUUUCCAUCCACUUCUCUGUGUGCAGCCUUAACAACAACACCAGUCCAAUGCAGUUUUCUUCUUUCUAAUGUUUCAGUUAGCCUAUUUUCAUCUUUUGAUUUUUAUACAUUUUCAUGUACCUUUGUAGUUAUGAUGUGAAUGUUUGGGGGUUUUGUUGUUUUUCACAUAUUCAUUGUCUUUAUGUUGGGGAGGGGUGGGGGGAUGAAGACGACCCUUGUCAUUUUCUAAAUAUAGGAUGAUUUUUUUUUUUCCUUUGGACAUAAUUUUUAUUAACUCAUUCCCUUGUACACUGUAGUUUAUGAAAAAAGAAGUAUUAUUCAGGCAAUGUCAGCCACGUUUUUUUAUGGACAAUACUGACAUCUCAGAGCCUUUUAUGUAUUAUUUGAAUCAUUUUACAAUGCAAAUGUGAUGUUUUGGAGCCAUCUAUGAUUCUAAACCUGAAUGAACUUACACUCAUUUGCUGACACCAGGAUCCCCAGAGCAGUUAAGAUGGGUGUGUAGAGAAUAUUGUCUCUCCAUUUUGUAAAAUGUGCAUUAUUCAGCAUACAGGCUUUUGAGGUUAAAGGGUCAUUUCACCUAAAUUACAAAGAAACAUACAAUAUUUUCUCACUUAUCUCUAGUGGGUCAGGUUCAAGUUUCAUUUGUCCAGGUUUUCAAAAGUCUGUCUCUGAGAUUUCUGCCACCACACCAAAACAAAUAGCCUGGUGAUGCGAGCUCAAUAUUUUUGUUUCGCUCUUUGUAUCAGUCUGGACUCUGUCCUGCCACAAACUCCUUCAGCUAUUUGGCAUUAAAAAACACUGGGGAACAUCUUCAUCACCAACAGAGCCAGUUGAUAAAUCAUGCUUUUGUCAAAUCCAGUAGGAAGAAUGUCAACCAUCUUUUCCUCUGAGGAAACUCAACAACUGCGUACUCUUGUUGUUAUUGACUAUUUCUACAAUAAUGUUGCUUAUUGCUGGGUUGACUCUACUAAUGUUAGUUAGAGCUUGUUGCUUCGGGAGCCGCCAUUCUGCAAGCUGCAGUCUGUAUUUUACAUCAUCAACUACAAUGCAGUCCCUGAGUGGCUGCUUAUAUUAUCAGCUACAGUACAAAUCACUGAUAGGCCUGAUUGGACUUUCCUUUCUAGAAAGUGUUUCGGGCGACACCAAGUCCAGACUGAAAUAGAGCGUAACAUGAUGUUGAGCUCUUGACGUCUGGAUGAUCUUGUCAGACUACAAAACAAAGGAGCUGAAGGGAAUUGAAGUUUGUUUUUGGGUGGAGGCAGAAAUCUCAGAGACAAAUUAAAAUCUAAGCAGAAAAACCAAAAAAAAACAGCCAGGUAGAACUACGAGGAAGUGGGAAGGUGUGUUUUUUUGGUCACUCGUUGAACUGACCCUUACAACCACAUAAUCUCAGGGAUAUGUAUUUUUAUGUAAUAAAGUCUGUAUGAUGUGAUGUAUCAUAAAAGGAAAAUCCCCCUUAAAUCCUUUACCACUGCUGAAAAAUGGCAACAAUUGAGUUCCAUGGUAUACAUUUACAAAAAAAAAUAUUUGAAUAAAUCUCAGGUGUUGGUGUCAGAAUUUAAAGAGCAAGGGCUUUUUCUAGAGUGUCAUUUUGCACUGUUGUUUACUGAUCCAACUUGCAUGUACAGAAACAGUCUGAGACAUGUAGGAUACUUUGAACUGCAGCAGAAGAGAAGGGAAAGGUUCAGGGUGGUCAACAACAAAGUCACUUCAUCUCAAAGUAACUCCAGGAAUGCACUGAACAUCACAGACAGCUGAGAUCUGACAGUCAGAGAGGAUCUGAAGGGGGAUUUUUCCUUUAAUGUAGCAGCAAAUAAUAUCAUCAACAUAAAAUCAGAACUCACCACGGCUACCUUACUGCCACCGCUCUGACUUCCUACCUGUCAUAUUUUGAAACAGGCGCUGAAGAAAGUGUUCUUUUUAUUUUCUGUAUUUGUAUUGUUUUUGCAGACAACGGAUAUGUCAUUUGCAAUUUCUGUACUGAAACUACCUCUUUAUUUGUCAUCAUGUUGCUUUCUUUCAAAUAGGUGAUUUUUUUGUCUUAUUUAUUGGUUUCAUUGCACCAAUGUUCUGUUAUUUUGUGUCUCUUAUUUCACUCAGUGACCUCUCGGCUUUCUAACAAGCUCUGAUACCUGUUUUCUUCUUUUUUUUAAAUGCGUAAACAUUUUGCCUCAUAAUCCUCUCUACCUCAGACUGCUGUUAGCAGCUUUUAUUUUCUCUGACCUCAAGCUGUAAAGUAUGUUACACACUGAACACUCUUAAUCUCCCCAUCCUCUGCCUCCUUUUUUUUUUUUGCUUAAUUUCAUGUUAAAUUAGCGUCAUCUUUUAUUUCACCCCUGCCCUGUUAUCAUGAAUCCAAUACCAAAGAUGAAAGAAUGUCAAUGACAGUGUCAGUGUACUGAUUAAGCGUUCACGUGAUGAUUUCUUGCUCAGUUAACCAAUGCUUUAUUUUCCUGUGUUGGCUUUUUCAGAAUACGUCUCGUUAUCUUGUGAGUGGCUGUUUGCUGUGUACACUGUAUUCACAACAUCAUGAUACGACAGUGUUUUUCCAUUGUGCUCCAUGAUUGUUGCUUGUUGGUUUGACAGUUAAAAGUAACGCAGAGCAGUAACAGUGGGACUGGAUCACAUCGGACUCUGUCAACGCAGCUUGUGACUGAUUAUCAAUCAGAGAAUGUAACUGCGGUCAAUCUGACAUCUCCUUGUGUUUACGUGCUUUCACUCACGCAGGUGACCCUGACGCUGUGGCAUGCGACCACAGACAGAUUACCCUAGUGUUAUCACUAGGGCUGGACUCAUAGAGGAGAAGCUUCCAGCCUUACUAAUGUGGAACGUCAGCACUCAGCGAUGGGUAAUCUUAGAAACCAAUCUGCCUUCAAACUAAAAUCCUGCAUCUUAUUGCAUACUUGCAAAAAUUACACCCAGGUUGCAGAAUUUUAAAGGUUUUUCAGUUUUUUGUGGCUGUGUUCAGGAAGGAUCCGUCAUCCAUCUCUCCUAUAGAAGCUCAGCACACACAAACCAACAUGUGUCCAACCCUAGCGCUGUAACAUUGUUAGAGCAAUGGAAAGAUAAGAUCUUGAGCACACAGUUAUAGAAAGAGCUGUUAAUAAGGUGCCUUAUUAUUGUUUUGGCAAAAACGGAGAAAAAGGUGCAGCAUCGAACAUUGAGAGCCUGUUUAGACCUGGUAUUAACAUGUGCUUCGGUGAUCCACACAAGUGGACAGCCGAGAACCAUCGCUGUUUAUCAUGCAUCUCCAGCUGACCACAUGUGUUCAGAUCAGUUGUUACGUCUACACAUUUGCUAGCUACUCUGUAGCAUGCUUGCUAAUCAUGUUAGCAGUUGUGUCAGUACAGGUGGAGAUACCACUGUCAGCAGAUUCAACACGUCUCCAUCCGUAAGGGAAAAGCAAUGGAUGGUCACAUAACACUUCGUCCAACUCAACAAAACAACCACCACUGAAGACUCUUUCUAUAACUGUAUGCUCCAGAUUUCAUCUCUCCACAUCUUGCCACAGUUGUCUUGUCUGCUGAGGCACCAGUUUGAGCUGGAAGUUUGUUGAUGCACCACUGUCAGAGCCCUGUUAUACAGGAGCACAAGAUGAGAUGAAGAAGAGUUUGAGGGAAGUAAAAGAGUAGAAAAAUCUUGACAUAUCUCAGGGAAGAAACACUGUCAUCAACCUGUGAACAGACAAUUGAAACAUUGAAAUGUUUUUCUCUUUAGAAAUUUCUUGUCUGCUCUUGUUACUUUAACUACCUGUGAAGAAUGUGAUCCAUUACGUGUUAAAAGCAUGUUUAGAAUGUGUUAGGACUUGAAACCAAAUAAAUGUGAACGUUAUGCAAGUGUA